AUGCUGGCGACGAUCCUAACCCGUCCGCCAGAUGUCAACAAGCAUUCGGCAAGUGCUCUUUCCGACCUUAUACGAUGCUUUGCAAGUGCAUCAAUGCUACGUUUCUUGAGCUGGCCCAAUGCCACUGCCCACGGGCACGUCAAGGAUUACCUCGACAUCUUUUCCUUUGAACCAGAUGAUGAUUUGCAGACGCAGAAGUGUACUCUCGGGCUCUUCCGAUGCGACACCGACCCCAACAACCCGAUGGCGCACCACUCGGCCAUUCAAAAUGCUCGCGUUGUACGGAUGCUACGCAAGAGCGUCAAUGUUACCAAUGCCACAGCAGAUGAGCAGGCUAGCGACUCUCGGGUAGCCAAUGGUAUCUCAUCGGUGUUUGGUCUUCAAGUUCUCCCAUCCUCCGAUGCUACGCAAGAGCGUCAAUGCUUUGCGAGCUCGCCCAAUGACCCCGAGACCGGGCCGCUCAAUGACUUCUCCGCCAUCAACAAUUAGACAGCGCAGCGCCUCAAGCCCCAGCCACCAAGUCGCAAUGACAUCCUUCCGUCAAUGUCGCGCUAUCCCACCGCUCACCAGAUCGCCAC